GGUGAUGACAUCUGCAGAUGCUGGUUUCACAGUUUCGUGAAUUACAUGAAUGAUUGCGGUCUUACAAGACAAAAUGUCUAUCACAACUUGCCAGAAGGUUACUCUGAUAUCAUGCUCCGUUCUCUGCAUCUCUCUCUUCCUCCCCAAAAUGCUUUUACCCAGAGGGAAGAAGGAGACGGGGCAGCCUGAGGUGGGACCAGGGUUUUACCCUCCCAUGAUGCAUCGGCUGUCAUCACCAGAAGACCCGGACCAGUGGGGGGUGGACCCUACUUACUCCAUCGCACACAGUGCUGAGAUCAUGGCCAAAGCAAAAGGCAAAGGAAGAGCCAAAAAAUACAACCUGAUGGGUCAAAUCAUCCCCAUCUAUGGCUUUGGAAUCCUCCUUUACAUCCUCUACAUCAUCUACAAGCUGACAUGCAAAAGGAAGACCACAAAAUCAGCAUACUACUGUACACUGACAAAAGGGAAUGUGGAAAAUAAGAUCCUACCUGAGUACGAGCUCUCCCGGCUUCAAGAGAAGCUGCGGGAAGCAGAGAAAAUGAUGGAGAGGAUCACCUCUAGAAAGAGCCGCAGUUCUGGAGGUGGCAGGAAGAGGAAGAGUAAAAAUGCGCCAUCAAAGCAGGAGGAGAAAUUAUUGAGGCAGAUUAGACAGAUCACUCGAGUGAUGCAAGAGGGCCGGUUGGAGGGGGCCACGCCGGAGAUGGAGGCUGAGGAGGUGCCUUACACAGCGGACUGGGAAGGCUACCCUGAGGAGACAUACCCAGACUACGAUGAUGACCCCUACGGUCAGGUGUAUGACAACAUCAUUCUGGAGGAGUCGCUUUUGUGCACACCCACUGCCGAGGCCCUGGCAGAGAGGAUGGAACAAGAGGAGGAAGAGGAGGUGGAGAGGAAACUGGAAGUAGUGCAAGAGGAAACGGAGGAAGAGGAGGAAGAAGACGAAGAGGAAGAGGAGGAAGGAGGAGAGGAGGAAGAAGAAGAGGAGGAGGAAGAGGAGGAGGAGGAGGAGAAGAUAGCAGAGAAAAGGCAUUUGCUUUGUCCCUCUCCACUCCUGCGUGCGAGAGAGAGGAGGGAGGAGAAGUUGGGCUGGGAAGUCAGCAAAGAGCUCCAGAGUCACAAUGGAGGAAAAAAGCAAAUCACCUUCAGCGACCACCAGGAUGUGUUCCACUACCCGAGGGAAGAUGAUGCUUAUGGCGAGGAAGAGGAGGGAAUGAUCGAUGAUGAGGAGGAAGAGGAGGAGAUGGAGAUGGAGGAGGAUGACGAAAUGGAGGAGGAGGCAGCGGCAGAGGAAGCUGAGGAGGAGAAAGCGGAGGAGGAAGAAGAGGAUGAAGAAGAGGAGGAAGAUGAAGAGGAAGAGGAGGAAGAGGAAGAGGCGAAGGAGGCAGAGGUGAAGGUGGAAGUCGAGGAGGAGGAUCCGGUGAUGGAGGCGGAGAGCCUGACGUUCAGCUGCGAUGGCUGCUUGAAGCCAGAGGAGGAAGAGGCACAGGAGGAGGAGGAGGCGGAGGAGGAGGAGGGUGAGGAGGAGGAGGAGGAGGAUGAGGAGGAGUACUUGGUAAUGUCAGGGCAAUCAGACGUGGCGAAGGAUCUGGGGACGAGCGGGCUGAGGAUGAGGAACAGGAGAGAAACAUAAAGGUUUCCCUAAAAGUUAUUUUCCACAUACAAUGAACAUAUCUGGGUCUCCAUAUUGUGCUAUACUCUCUGUUGAUCCCUCACAGAUGUGUAAUACUCUUCUGAUGCCUAUUACUGUACCAUAGCUGUAGAUUCAUUCAUUCAAGUAUCCUCUCCUGUGUAGCAUCUGCAGCAAAAGUCAGAAUGUAUUUCCAUCAUGGCACUGAAACCUCUACUUUUACACAUGUACAAUCAGGUGUUUUUUUAAUUACCAUUAUUACGUCAAAUCAAUCAAAAAUGUGCAGAUGAUGUUUAUAGUGACUGUUUAACUGUAAAAUCUGGGGCUACUCCAUAGACAACAAAAUGUAGCAGUUUUGCGGACCCACAGAAUGCUGAAUUAUUUCUCAUCGUCA